CACAACCCAGGAACGACCCUUCCAUUAGUCAUACCACCAGCUGAGCGUGCAGUAGCGGUAAAACAAAAAAAUGGAAACAAAAAUAGACCGAGCGCCGAUCUAAAUCUAAAAUAUUAACAAGUUCCAAAAAUGACGAUAAUGCCUCUAGAUGUGCCCAGAUUCAACGCAAGGGCGGUGCACUGCCUUAAUUGAGGUUAUGUGGUAUUAAGAAAAAUUAAAUGUAUCCACGACCCAACUGCAGGAAAUUAUUCCUGGGUUUACUCAUCGUAGCCCAGAUAAUACUAGUAGGAACGUUUCUCUAUAUCCAAAUCAAAGAGGCGGAAGAGAGAAGUGAAAGUGUAACAUUCUUAAAAAAUGUUGAUAUCGUAGAACAACAUUCAGUAACAUAUCAUACAGUUAACAGCAAAAUAAACCUAAGAAGCAUAGGAGGUAGAUAUAGUUUUAUAGAUUUUAAUUCUAGCGUUUGCUUUAAAAAUGGCACUGACCUUUUGUCGAUGAACAGAACUAAAAAUUUACAGUGGCAAUGUAACUGUCUACCUGGUUGGCAUGGAAUUGACUGUGGUCAACCAGAAGUCUUUUGGAGGGCCAUGCUUGCAAACAGAAAGCCUGUUCAAAUAAAAGGACCAAGGGUUUUUGAAAGAAGAAUUAUUUAUGUUUUUAAAGUCGAUACAUUUUCGGAAAGUGUAGCUGAUAUAAGAGUCAAUGAGCUAAGUGAUAUAGUAGAUUUAUUUAUACUUUACGAAAAUGAGGGGGAUAAUUUUUUGAUGAAUAAGUUAAACAAUAACUUUCUGAAAGAAUUCCAUAGUAAAAUACUUUAUGUAAACAGUAAUCUUUCCAAAGUAUGGAAAAAGGUAAAAUCAAUACUGAAAAAUCUUAGAUCAGAAGAUUUAUUAGUAACAAGCAAUAAUAGUGAGAUAAUCAAUAAAAAUGCAUUAAGCUUUGCUAAAUUCUAUGACAAUUGGCCUCAACCCCUUCGAUUUCGAUUGCGGUGGUCCGUUUUUGGAUUUUUUUGGAUUCACCCUGGUAAAACAAUAAUCACUGCAGGCGCCUGCACUGUUUCAUACUUGAAACAAAAUCUGCAAGACAGACUUGAUUUUUUAAUUGACAAUAGAACUUUAUCCAACAGUGUUUAUAAGGGAAUCAUAUUAGGGGAUUUGAAUCAUUUUGGGGGAUGGUACUGUGAGUUCUGUACUGAAGCCACAAAAAUAGUUGAAAACAUUAAGAAAAACAAUGAACUAAUAGACUGGAACAAGGUAAAAAAUAUUGACAACAAUUUCGUAGAAGACCUAAUAGAAAAUGGAAUUUACGUAGACAGCAAAACCGAAUUAAUAAGGGGUCACCGAUAUUCCGACAAUUAUUUCGCCCCAAAAUUCGUGACCGACUACGGCUGGAAGUACGAUUAUUUAGUAAUAAACUUUUAUUCAAAACUUGACUAUUAUGAGGGUUAAAAAUGUAUACUGAAAAAUUCGUGCUGAAAUUUACUUUCGCAACAUUUAAUCUGAUGUAUUUUUAAUAAUUGAACUCUUUCCCUUGCACUUUUUGUAUAUUUGUAAAUCAGCACAAGGUCCUAAAAAUGUCUGUGAUAAUUAGAGUUUACAAGUUUUGUUAUCAAUUAAUUUUAGCAAUUUAAACAAAUAAAAUUAUUAAUG